CACCUGGUUUCUUUCGGGAUCACCUUCUACUGUAAAUCCUCAAGGUACUUCACCUGAGUCAAAGAAAGGAAGAUUUCCUAUCUGGCCAGAAUGGAGUGAAGCAGACAUCAAUGUAGAAAAGUGGGAUGCUGGAAAAGGUGGAAAGGAAAAAGAUAAAUCUGGAAGAAGCCCUAUUCUACAUGUCUUUGAAGAUCCAGAAGGAAAACUCGAGCUUCCCUCUUCACUGAAAGUAGGUUUUUGGAAAAGGCCUCAAGAGAUUUUAACCAAUAAGGUUCCUGUAGUAGUCAAAAAUGAAAAUUGGUUUGAUCUUUUUUCACCAAAUGAACAUUUAAUGGGCAGUGAGUUGAUGCGAUGGAUAAUAAGUGAAAUAUAUGCAGUUUGGAAGUUGCACAAUACAACUGCUUUAAGUGUUGAAGCUAAAGCUAAUGCUAAUGAAGUACCUCCAGUACUGUGGAAGCCAUGGGAACACAUCUAUUCAUUAUGCAAAGCAAUCAAAGGUCAUAUGCCAUUGUAUAAUAGCUAUGGAAAAUAUGUGGUAAAGCUCUUCUGGAUGGGAUGUUGGAGAAAGAUAAUUGUGGAUGACAGCAUACCUUUCAGUGAAGACAAUGUCAUGCUGCUUCCCACCACAACAUGUGAAAUUGAACUUUGGCCACUGAUAUUAUCCAAAGCCAUCAUUAAAUUAGCAAACAAUGAAUCUGGAUAUUUGGAUAAAAUUUGGGAAUUUCUAAGAGACAUUGUACCAGAAUUUAAGUUACCAGAAGAAUCAAUUCCUGAAUCCAAAUCAUCACUUGAUGCAAAAAAGGAUUUGAAAGCAUCUGAAAUAAAAAAUGAUACUAUGCCUACUGUUAAGCAACAAGAGAAACCAGAAAAAGCCGAGAAACCUGGGAAAGAAAAGCCAGAUCAAAAAGAAGUUGGAAAGAAGCGAAGCAAAGAUGGUGAAAAGGAUAAACUUAAGCCAGCUUCUCAUUCUGCACGAAUGUCUGCUGAUUAUCAAAGUUCUCUUCAGAUAUUUCUUGAUGGUUCUGCAACUCCAUUGCAGCCACAGAUGGUGGUGUAUGCUUGUUACAUGCCUCUUUAUGUACCUGAAAAAAAGAUCUUCAUAUUAGAGAAAAUGGCUGAUUCUUCUGAAAAGUUACGACAAUAUGGUCUUUCCCACAUCUAUAGCCAUCCUGCACUGAUAACUAGAACAAGGUCAGGUCCCUUAGUGGCCCCACCAAAACCACCAGCUGUACCUCGUUGGAAACUUAUACGCCAGAAAAAGGAAACAAUUGUGACAGAUGAACCCCAAGAAAUUGUAAUUAAAAAACCUGAACAAUUUAUUGAGCUUGCUAGUCCUUUUCUGAACUUCAGAGUUCCUGCUAUACCUAUACCAAGAGACACCCACUUUCCACCAUCCACUUUUAAAAAGGGAAAUCUUCCAGCAUCCAGCCUUCCUUGUGUCACUGAAAGUGAUGAAAGUGCAUUUGACAGUUCUGGAGAUACGAAUAUCAGUUUAGAAGAAAACUCUCAGGAAUCUGGUGUAGUUCCAUCACACACUGUUGAAGGAUCCACUAAAGGUGAAUCUGCAGAAAAAGUAAGUAGUGAAGUAGCUCAGAUACCAGAAUCAGCAGAUGCUGCUUUCAACAACCAAAUAGUAAAUAAAUCUCUUGAAGAAAUUGAACUUGAAAAGAACAUUAAUUCCAAGGAAAUAUGGAUGGACUAUGAAGAUUUCUGCAUUUGCUUUCAGAAUUUAUAUGUUUUCCACAAACCAAGUACCUAUGCCUAUAACUAUCAAAAGUCAGAUUUUAGGAUGGUAGAUGAUCGAGUCUUGUAUUAUAUGUGUGUGGACAGCUUGAAGCCUACUGAUAUUCUAGUUAGCUUUUCUGCAUUAGUACAUUGGGGAGAAACUGGAGCACUUGUACAGAAAGAAAACCAAGUUGUUCCUUUGGGGUUACUCAUGGUUGAAAGUUUUUCAUGGAAAAAUUUAUCUCCAGGGCAGUUAAUCCUGAAGAUCCACACAUAUGCUACUAAAGCUGCUGUAAUAAGUCUUCCUGCUGGCCGCCACGUGUUACUUUUUACUGCAAGCUCUCCCAUAGGACACAAUAUCCAUCUGUGUAGUAUGGUGCCAUGUGUAUUUGGUGAAGAGGAUAUAGUUCUACCAAAUCUUGAAAAGGAAAGCUAUCGUUUUAUGGAACAAGCUGCUGCUAUAAUGAAAGCCAUUGGAAAUGUAAUAAUUAAUUAUGGGAAUGCAGAAAAUCUUCCCAAAGCUAUGAAAGCUUUGGAAUUAACACAUUGCCCCCCUGGUCUUUAUGGCACAGGAAUCGCAAGAGAACAUUCUAAGGCUUUUAAUAAUGCCUUUUGGCAUCUGAUGAAACAAAUAUUAGGCAAUGUUCCUUCCAAUUAUGAAUUUGCUUACAGAAGUUUUACACUGGAUUUUAAGCUCAGUGAUGUUUCUGUUGAAGACACUGAAUCCUCAGAUGCAACAGAGGUAAAUAUUUUUCUUUGGCAGAAUAGAGAGCCUACUCCUGAAGAAGAGGAAGCUGCAGUUAAACUGCAAGCUAUAUGGAGAGGAACCUACAUCAGGCUAUUGAUGAACAGCAGAAAACCAGGCACAAAGGACAAUGCUAGAGUCAAAGAAACACUUCAAAAGUUGUGGGCUGUAAUUGAUCCAAAUUUUGAACAAUGUUCUUUGAUGUUUUUGAGAGAUAUAUUUAAAAGUAAAUGUAAGUCAGUUGAAAAAUAUCGUUGCUAUGAAGAUGAAUGGACUAAGACAACUUUUGCUGAUUAUACUGUAACUUACGGGGAUCAACAAGCAAAUGUUUGGUUUGUAGUCUUCAGGGAAAUAUUUCAUGUUCCAGAAGACAUGAUUAUUGUACCAAAAGUUUAUUCAACAGUACCAACCUGUGUUUUGCAUGUUGUUGACAAUGACACAUUACAGGAAAUUCCUCGGGUCUUUCUCAGAGUUGCACCUUAUCUUUAUACAAAGAACAAGAAAGGAUAUACUUUCAUGGCUGAAAUUCAGACUGGUGAAUCAGCUGUGCCAGCUGGGAAAGUAAGACUUCGGCUCAUAAGUUCUUACAUUCCUCUUCCAUUUCUCUCUCGUGAAGCUGUAAACAACAUGUUUGCUGUUAAAGAAGUGAAAGACUAUUAUCUACCAAAUGAUAAGGAUAUUAUAUUCAGGUAAAAUAUGAAAAAGAUUAACAUCAUGGGAAAACAUAGUAAGAAGAGUCAGAAUGUUCUGAGAAUGAAGAUGAUUGAGCCUAUGAAUAAGCAACUGUAUCAUACUCGUAAAUCAAAGUAUGUUGGAGAACUGAAUGAUUAUUUUAAUGAAUCAGUAGAUAAAGAUGAAACAGAUGAACAUGUUUAA